AUGAGUUCCACCACGUCUAGUGCUCUCGUGCUAGCAGCAGCAGUACUCCUAGCACUGACCUUAGCCCAGCAUGGCUCCCUCGCCGCAACCGUCGAACCCAGGGUCAUCGUCGUCGGCGCCGGCAUGUCCGGGAUCUCGGCGGCGAAGAGGCUGUCGGACGCCGGGAUAACCGACCUGCUGAUCCUGGAAGCGACGGACCACAUCGGCGGCCGGAUGCACAAGAAGAACUUCGCCGGCAUCAACGUCGACGUUAGCGCCAACUGGGUGGAGGGCGUGAACGGUGGCAAGAUGAGCCCCAUCGUCAACUCCACGCUCAAGCUCCGGAACUUCCGCUCCGACUUUCACCCUCUUCGCUUGAUCGUUUCUCCCUAUAUCUGCAAUUUGCGACGCCCCACAUUGGCCACGGUUGACUCUCGAUAG